AUGACGGUCGCCGAGCUGCUCCGCGCCCAGCUCGAGGAGCAGAACAUCGAGGAAGAUGAGCCUAUCCUUGAGGAUGAUGAUGACGACGAUGAAUACGAUGAUGAUGAUGUGGAUGAAAUGGAUGACAAUGAUGUUGAGGGAGGUGAUGCUAGUGGAAGAUCUAGGCAGACAAGGAGUGAGAAGAAGAGCAGGAAAGCCAUGGAGAAGCUUGGCAUGAAGGUCAUUACUGAUGUGAACCGUGUAACUAUCAAAAAGAGCAAGACCGUUACGUUUGUCCUCUCCAAGCCAGAUGUCUUCAAGAGCUCGCACUCAGAAACCUAUGUCAUUAUCGGGGAGAUCAAGUUCGAGGACCUAAACACUGAGCUGCAGACACAAGCGGCAGAGCAGUUCAAGGCACCGGGCCCGAGCAGGGUCAGUUCGAAGGGUGAGCCGUCUGUGGCAGCAGUCCAAGAUGACGAGGAGGUCGACGAGACGGGCGUUGACAGGAAGGACGUCGAGCUCGUGAUGAUGCAGGCCUCCGUGUCGAGAUCCAGGGCUGUGGAGGCGCUCAAGGCUGCGGAUGGCGACAUCGUGAGCGGUGGGCUGCGGCGAGGUACACUCCCCAAGUUCCUGUUCCCCCUAUUUGCUCGCAUAUUGUAA